UUUUCCUCGGAGGCAGUAGCCAUCAGUUUACGGUUCAGAGGCUGAUAGUAAGACAUUAUUUUCUCUUUAGAGGAUUUUUAAUGUGAAUCCCUUUCAAGAUCACAAUGAACAUCAUUCUUCAUUUAACAGCGCUGCAGCUGAUGAUAAUCACAAGUAACGUCGCAAUCCUACAAUCUCAAGGAAACUGGGACUGCCCUCCUCUGGCGAACACAACCUGUGGAAAUGCGACUAGUUAUUUGGCGUGUGGUGGACAAAAUGACUCUUGCACGGCCUAUUCCUGCAACCUUCAGAGUGACGGCUGCUCCUGCAUGGUCGGAUCCUACAACUGCACCAGCGACUGUCGCUAUGAAGUUUCUCCAGAUAUCUGCAAAUACACUGCAAAUUCCCGCUCCUGCCUGAGAGAUUUUAAGAUUUCAGAGAACUCCCAAGGGUCAACUGCAGAUGUCCUAGUGAAUCUCAUUGAUCUGAUUGCCAAUAUGACGGUUCAACUGUCUCCUGAAAUGGCGGGAGAUUAUUUGAAGAUCAUUGAUGCGGUCCAGAUAAAUGUUUCAGACUUGGGCAGUAAUGAAAAUAAAGAUAAAGAUCAAAUAGUGUCAUAUGGAAACAGAUAUCUGAACGCCUUUGAGAACCUGGUGUCUGCACUGGUGAGGCCAACAGAAACGCACGACUUGCAGAAUAUUACUCUCGCCAAUACAGAAGUAAGAGUUCUUGCGGUUGGACCAUAUGCAAGUGUAAAAGAAAUCCCUCCGAUCCGUACAGAAAAAGCUCACAUGGAUAUUGACCUUUUUGAGAUUGCUGAUAAGAACAGUCCAAAAUCAGCUGCUGUGACUUUCAUGAGUUAUAACAAUAUGGAGAAUCUACUGAAGCCAGACUUCUUCAACACAUUACAUGACACGAUUAAAACCAUGAUGUCCACUGUGAUCUCAGCUACUCUUCCCAAAACCACCAACACUAAACUCACCAAACCAGUCAACUUCACCAUUAAACACAUCAGAGACUUCAACUCCAACGGUUCUCUGUCCUGUGUGUACUGGAAUAUCAGCGAGUGGAUUGUAGAUGGUUGUUCUGUUUUAAAGACCAACGGCAAUUACACUGUGUGUUCGUGUGUUCAUCUGUCCACAUUCGCUCUCAUCAUGCAAACCAGCCGCCCAUCAGAGAGCGACUCUCUGCUGGACCUGUUGAAUUUGGUGUGUGUGACCGUGGGGUUGGUGUUCUUCAGUUUGGCCCUGUUGACCUUUGCCCUUUGUCAGUGGAGUCCUGGAGUGAAUAAUGUGGCUCGAAUCAACCUCUGCAUCAGUCUUCUGUCGGCUCACCUUCUGUUCCUGCUCACACAACAGUUCCUGAGACUCAUACGCCGUCAUCAGGUGUUGUGUGCCGUGAUAUCAGGAGUGCUGCACUUCCUCUUUCUCUCCGGCUUUGUGUGGAUGUUCAUUGAAGCUGUGCUGCUCUUCAUCUGUGUGAAGAACCUAUCACAGAUCAGCUCCAAAAAGAGGGAGGUGCUUAGCAGUGGAUUCCUGUGUGUGAUUGGAUAUACGGUUGCUCUGGUUGUGGUGGCCGUGUCUGUCGGGCUGUUUCCUGGAGGAUACGGUAGUGAACACUGCUGGAUUAAAAUUGAAAAAGAUUUUAUUUGGAGUUUUCUGGGUCCUGUUUGUGUCAUACUAGCAUUAAACACGAUUCUCUUCAUCAACAUCGUCAUCAGUCUGAGUUCAACUCUCAAAAAUCUGAACGCUGAAGUUUCACAGAUGAAACAAUCCAAGAUAAUGACAUUUAAAACACUGGCUCAGUUUGUGAUUCUUGGUUGCUCCUGGAUUCUGGGUUUCUUCACUCGUGACAAGAAGGAGCUGGAGAUCCUCUUCCUGAUCUUGAACUCCCAGCAGGGAACCUUCAUCUUCCUGGUCUAUUGUGUCCUCAAUAAUGAGGUCAGAGAGCAGUACAGGAAGUUCUUCAGAUGUCUUCGCUCUGGACGCAAAAAACACUGAGGACUACACCAUCAUCUUCAGGAAAUAAAGUGCCAUUACUAUGCAGGUGGUGUUGUCACGUUUACAGCUUGUUUUCCCUUGUCUCAUGGUUAAGGACUUUUAUGUUGAAAUAUUUUUGUUCUAUUGUUUCUGUGUUCACUUCCUGUGUUUAGUUCCUGCUUGCAUUUGUUCCUUAUUCUCUUAUCUGUGUCUAUAGACCUUAUUCAGAGCAGCUGAUGAAAAUGACAGGUAUGAAAGUGAGGCUGUGAGGGAUAGACUUACCGUG